UAUCAACGGCCUUACACACGUCACGAUUGCCACCUGGGUCCCUAUUCCCCAACUUCUCCGCAGGGGUAAUGCUACCUACUGAUUAACCGAACGAUCCGCUUUCCUGAUUCGGAUCGAGGCAGGCCACGAUGAAUUUACCAACAAGUAGAUUAGCCUAAGGGAUGAACACGCAAAGGAGACAUCCGGGGAAAUGGCAAUGGUCACAUGAGACUCGUACAAGACAGACCCAGGUAGGAUGAACGGAAUCAAAAUGUUUAUUUACCUCGAGGAUCGCCCACCGGUUGUUAAGUGAUCCUUUGAGGGAAACUACUGGGACAUCUAAGUUAAUAUCGGCUCUUGUGAAAAAAAAGCAAUAUGAAGGCCUUUUCUACACUCGCAACUUUAGUUGCGCUUGGCAGUUGCCAAUCCCUCACCCAGGUCAGCGACUUCAGCGGUACUCCCACGAAGCUAGGCAUGUACUCGUAUGUGCCCAGUAACCUCAAGACCCCAGCGCCCAUUGUCGUAGCUGUACACCAUUGCCAAGGUUCAGCUCAGGGAUACUUCUCUGAGUCCCAAUACGCGCCAUUGGCCAACCAGUACGGCUUCAUCUUGAUCUACCCCAACUCUAGGUCCAGUGGUGGCUGCUUCGAUGUCGCUUCCGACGCUACCUUGAAGCACGAUGGCGGUGGUGACAGCCAAACCAUUGCCAACAUGGUCAAAUACGCCGUACAGAAAUACGGCGGAGACGCAAACAGGACAUAUGUCACUGGAACUAGCUCCGGUGCCAUGAUGACCAACGUCCUUCUCGGAGCCUACCCCGACGUUUUCAAGGCAGGAUCCAUCUACUCCGGUGUUCCAGACGGAUGCUUCGCCGUCCCCGGCUCUACUGCCACUCAGGACCCCCCGGGAUGGAACAACCAGUGCGCCAACGGACAAACCACCAAGACUGCUGCUCAGUGGGGUGACCUCGUGCGAUCUUACUACCCAGGAUAUACCGGCCCUCGUCCCCGAGUCCUAGUCUGGCACGGCACCACUGACAGCACCCUGCGAUACCCCAACUACCAGGAGACACUUAAGCAGUGGUCCAACGUCUUGGGUCUUACCACUUCCAAGGACACCGCCAACACUCCCCAGAGCGGAUACACCCAGACCAUCUACGGCGAUGGCACCGCCACGACAGCGAAGCUUGUUGGAUACAGCGCCCAGGGCGUUGGCCACACUGUGCCUGUUCACCAGAAGGACGAUCUCGCAUUCUUCGGCCUUGCGUAAAGGCAGGAAAAGGGUCACCAAUUGACUAGGGCGAAAAGUUACUUGGCUUUUCCAGUUUGUAAAUAGCGAAAGCUCGGUUAUCUAGCCGAUCAAAAAUUGUUCUUUUCGCAGUACUAUAUUGAGGCUAGCUACUCAGACGUAUAUAUAAGUUUAUUUUGCCUCGUAA